AUGGCUGCCCGUGCUGGACAGAUGGAAGUUGUACGCUGUCUUCUGAGGAAUGGGGCCAUGGUGGACAAAAGAGCAAGAGAAGAUCAGACUCCACUUCACAUUGCAUCUCAUCUGGGAAAGACCAAGAUUGUCCAGCUCCUGCUACAACACAUAGCUCAUCCAGAUGCAGCAACCACUAAUGGUUACACCCCACUUCAUAUUGCUGCACGAGAGGGACAUCUGGACAUUACUUCAGUGUUGUUGGAGGCUGGUGCUUCUCACUCUUUAGCUACCAAGAAAGGGUUCACACCUUUACAUGUGGCAUCAAAAUAUGGUAGCCUGGAUGUGGCAAAACUGCUUCUACAGCGGCAGGCACCCCCUGACUUUUCUGGGAAGCAGAACGGUCUUACUGCUCUACAUGUUGCUGCUCACUAUGAUAACCAGAAGGUGGCGCUCCUGCUUUUGGACAAAGGGGCAUCUCCCCAUGCCACAGCCAAGAAUGGAUACACUCCCCUUCAUAUAGCAGCAAAAAAGAAUCAAUUGGAAAUAGCUACUACACUCCUGCAGUACGGAGCUGAGACCAACAUCCAGACCAAACAGGGUGUGAUGCCGCUCCAUCUGGCUUCCCAAGAGGGACACUGUGAGAUGGCAGCUCUGCUUCUGCAAAGAGGAGCUAAUGUCAAUGUAUCCACAAAGGUGAAUAACUACAAAUAUCAGACAAUAAUAAGCUAA